CAGCUAAGAUGUCUGGCUUUAUAAUCUCUGUAUUCACAACUAUUUUAAAUAGUGAUCAUUGCUUCAUAGACUAUCAAAAAUGUUACAGACAUUGAAGUGAUAUGUGCAUUAGAAACAAACAGACAAGUACACCUGGAGGAACACCAUUUAGGAGUUCAGUUUUUUCUUAAUGAAGAAGCUGAACCAACUAUCCUAGUUUUCAAUUGUCCCAGAAACUGAGGACCAACAUCAGAGAAGGCUCCAUAAUUUCUCUAAUGACAACUCCGAAAAGUUUUUAAAUGGUGAACAUUGCUUUAAAGAAUAUGAGGACAAUUAAUUGUCACAUACAUUAAAAUGCCAAGUGUAUUAGGUCAGACUGACCCAGUCCAGGCCACCACAGCUCAGGAUGACCUACCUCAGACAACUGCAGCCCAAGGUGACCCAGUGCAGAAAAUCAGAGCUCAAAGUGAACCAGUCCAGAACAUCACAGCUCAUUGCGGAGGAACAGUCAAUGCAAUUUUUCUAUGCGGAAAUGAGUUUCAUGGCCAAGGUCAUUUUAGAAUAGGAGCUGAUUCUAAGCAUGAAGAAAUAACUCAAAAGAGCCCAGCACCAUCCUCCACUGCAAGCACAGAUGGAGACUCAGUUAGUGUUUCCUCUGCAGAUCAAAAGCAUCGUUGCCAUUUGACAGAAACCCUGAAGGUGACAUAUGAAAGUAUACUGAUUGGGAAUUCUAAAACAGGCCAUAAGAAGUUCUUGGAGGAUAUCUACACUGAUGUUAUAAUAGUGCAGAAUGAAAGUGGAGGAGUCAUUCAAGAGCAUGAAGUGAUGCAAAUGGAAAUGUCUUCCAACAGACAUGCUAGUAAGGAAAUUUGUGUCAAAUGCAGAGAUCUUUUCAAGGUCCAGCCUGGUACCAGUAGACGAAAGAGAAAAGUGUUGACAAUGGGAAUUGCUGGAGUGGGCAAAACUGUGUCAGUCAACAAAUUCAUACUUGACUGGGCGAAUGGAGAAGAAAACCAAGACAUAAACUUUAUUUUUCCUCUUCCCUUCCGUGAACUGAAUCUGAAGAAAGAUAAGAAGUUCAGUUUGAUUGAACUACUGAAUGACUGUUUUUUCUCUUCCAAAAAUGAACUAAAGUCUCUUCCAGAGGAUGAUGGUAAAAUUUUGUUUAUCUUUGAUGGACUGGAUGAGUUCCGAUUUCCUCUUUGCUUUAAAGAGGAAGUGAAAGACGCCAAUGAAAAGACCUCUGUGGGAUCACUGAUCACAAGCCUUCUGAAGCAAAGCUUGCUUCCAUUUGCUCUAAUCUGGAUAACCUGCCGACCAGCAGCAGCUCAUCUGAUUCCCCGGGACUACAUCGAUCUGGUGACAGAAGUACGAGGAUUCAAUGAUGAACAAAAGGAGGCAUACUUCAUCAAAUACUGUAAUGAGGAUAUGGCAAUGAGUAUUGUUUCACACAUAAAGAGAUCAAGAAGUCUCCACAUCAUGUGUCAAAUCCCAGUGUUCUGCUGGAUCUCUGCCACUGUGCUUCAGCCUCUGAUGGCUCAAGACAGCAAUAAGGACAUCCCCACAACCCUGACAGGAAUGUACAUAAGCUUCCUACUCCAGCAGAAAAACUUAAUGAAAAAGAAAUACAGUGAGAAAACCACAACUGUUGAUGCUGAGCUCAUCAUUCUGAAGCUUGGUAAACUGGCCUUCUGUAAUCUUGAGAGUGGUACUCUGAUUUUCUAUGAAGAUGAUCUCAGGAAAUGUGGUAUUGAUGUCAGUGAUGGCACUGUGUUCUCAGGAGUGUGCACACAGAUUUUCAGUCAGCAGGAGGGAGUUUCUGAGAGGAAUAUUUUCAGCUUUGUGCAUCUGAGUGUUCAGGAAAGCCUUGCAGCUUUAUAUGUGCAUCACUCUCACUGCAACAAGAAAACAAAUGCAUUCAAAAAGACAUUUAUGAACAAGCUUAGAUGGAUGAAUAAGAGAAUAAAACAUCUUCAUAAGUGUGCAGUAAAAAGAGCUUUGCAGAGUAAAAAUGGACACCUGGACCUUUUUCUCCGUUUCCUUCUUGGCCUCUCACUGGAGGACAGUCAGCAAGUCCUAACUGAACUUCUGCCAAAUCUGAAGAUCAAAGUUGAAAAUGUUAGAGACACAGCUGACUAUAUCAAGAUGAAACUCCAUGAGGAAAUGUCAUUUGACAGAAGCCUGAAUCUCUUCCACUGCCUGAGUGAACUGAAAGACAAUUCCCUGACAACUGAAAUCCAGAAACACCUGAACUCUGGAGAUCUCUCAACACAGAAACUCUCAUCUACACAGUGGUCAGCUCUGGUGUUUAUGUUGUUGAUGUCAGAGGAGACUCAAGAGAAGUUUGAGCUGAAGAAAUACAGGCCAUCAGAGGAAGGACUUAACAGACUACUGCCCGUAGUGAAAAAUACGAGAAGAGCUCUAUUAGCUUCUUGCAAUCUUGGGAUAAAGACUUGUGAAGAUCUGAAAUCAGUUUUAAAACUGCAAAACUCUCUGAAAGAACUUGACCUCAGUAACAAUAACCUGCAAGAUUCAGGAGUGGAGCUGCUCUCUGCUGUACUGAAGAAUUCACACUGUAAACUGGAGAUACUCAGAAUAGCUUUGUGUAGUCUUGGAAAAAAGGCUUGUGAUCAUCUGGAAUCAGUUUUAAAACUGGAAAUCUCUUCCAUGAAAGAGUUGGACAUGACUAACAAUGACCUGCAAGAUACAGGAGUGGAGGUCCUCUCUGCUGGUCUGAAGAGUUCACACUGUAAUCUGGAGAUACUCAGAUUAUCUGGUUGUAUGAUCACAGGUGUAGGCUGUUCAUCUCUGGCUUCAGCUCUGAGUUCAAACCCUUCAUACCUGAAAGAACUGGAUCUGACCUACAAUCACCCAGGAGAGUCCGGGGUAAAUCUGCUCUCUGCUAGCCUGGAGGAUCCACACUGCUCACUCAAAACACUCAGAGUGGAACAUGGAAGUGAGACCAGAAUCAAACCAGGACUGAAGAAAUAUUCCUGUGAGUUCACUCUGGAUCCAAACACAGCACACACAGAACUCUCUCUGUCUGACGGGAACAGAAAGGUGACAAAAGUGAGAUCUUCACAGUCGUAUCCUGAUCAUCCAGACAGAUUUGAUGAGUGGUGGCAGGUUCUGUGUAGAGAGAGUGUGACUGGACGCUGUUACUGGGAAGCUGAGUGGAGUGGAGAGGAGGCUGCUAUAGCUCUGACAUAUAAAUCAAUCAGCAGGAAAGGAAGCGGUGAUGAUGGUUUGUUUGGAGAGAAUGAAAAGUCCUGGAUUCUGUUCUGCUCUAUUAACAGUUACUCUGUCUGUCACAAUAAGAACACCACUGAUCUCUUUGCUCCUCCCUCCAGCUGUAAGAGAGUAGGAGUGUAUGUGGACUGCUCCGCCGGCACUCUGUCCUUCUACAGAGUCUCCUCUGAUACACACACACUGACACACCUACACACAUUCUACACCACAUUCACUGAACCACUCUGUGCAGGGUUUAGACUCUAUUGUACUGAUGCCUCAGUGUGUGUGAGAUAGAAUAACCUCCUCUGGGUGUAUGUGAGAUAGAAUUACCUGUGUGUGUAUGUGUCCUCUACACAUCAUAAUACACAUAUAACGCACAAUUAUUUAAGCAAAGAAAACUCUCUACAAAAUACACAUUAAAACAGCACAUACUGAAUUUUUUUCUUGCACUUAUAACAUUUGCGUGGUUUUAAUGUUUGUGUGAUUUUAUAUGCCUUAAAAUUUCAAUCAUGUACCAAAAAACAUAAUUCAUUCACUACUUCCGAAUCUCUCUUUCUCCCUUACAAUUAAACUGGCUGUUUUUGUUACUGUGCCAUUUAGACUGAUAUAUGGAAAUGAACUUUAUUCCUAUUGGCUGUCCA